AUGAUUGAUUCUGAACUUUUUAUUGUGAGGGCCUUUAUCUUUCUCACAGUGUGCUGUUUCACGCUGUUUGUGGGAGCACAAGUUACUCACCCAUCAGAAGGUGAACUUAGUUGCAUGAGAUUUACAGUUAAAUUAUCUUCUUUCAGUAAUUUUUGAAUCAUGCAUUCUUCACAAAAUAGUCUAAUCCAUCGUUCAACCUUCUCCAGGAAAAUACUGAUUGAAAAAUCUUCUAUAUUUACAUUGUGAAGCUCGUCUUCUUAGUUGAUUUACGAUAUCACCUGUUUUUAUCUACUUUAGAUUUCGAUCCAUUCCGGACAGAUUAAAGCUGAUCCUUUCUCCCUCCUUCCCUCCCUCUCUCCCUCUCUCUAUCUCUGGUUGUAAUUCUGUGCGUUGGGAUUGUAUACGUAACCAGGUGUGGGGUGAUCAACUGUCUUCUUUGUGCUGUGCAGAUUUGAAGUUAAAUCUGCUUUCAAGAAUGUUCCGAGUCGUUCAGGGUGCCAAUGCAGUUUAUCAGUGUCUAACAGUUCUUAAUUGUAAUUCUGAUUCAGGUCUUCUAGAAGAAAAAAAUAUGGAAAACAGAGAGGAAACUGUCAUGGCAUUAAGGCUUGAUAAAAAGAAAUCUAAGCGUGUGUUGUUUACAAUCUUUAGAAGGAAAAUCCGCGAGCUUUAUCAUUAAUUCUUAUAAUUGAGACCUUUUCUUUUCAAAAGACUUCAUUCUCACGUGUCUUCAUCCAUUUUUUCUUGGUUGGUCAUACACCAUCAUAGUGAGCAUUGUACACACACCUGUCACCUUGUCUUGUGGUCAUAUGAGAUAGAUAUUCGAGGAGUUUCUAUUUAAUUGAAGAAGUUGUCUUGAUGGAGACCUUUGUUGUUGAAUCAAGUGACCUGUUUAAUGUUCAUGUAAUCUAUUACUCGAAAAACGUAAUAUUUACGUUUGAUCUUUUAAUAUUUGAUUGCAUACAUUUAUAGUUUUCUUCUUGAAGAAAAUGAAUCGGACUCAUUGCCAUGCAGUGAUAGAAACAAAGAUCUCUUUCAUGGAAGCAAAAUAGAGCAGAUAGAACUUACCUAAAUUCUGCUUCUUUACCUUAUUUUUCGGUGUCUCUAGGCAGCCAUUCAAUUGAAUCAUGUUAAACCCUUAUUAAUCAAAGCUAUGGUUUUACGUGUGCAAUGUCCUCAUGGGAUUGUAGCCAAUUCAUGCUGAAGCGCGUUGAUUGUUUAUUAGAGUGAAAGUUAGAAGACAGAUCUUGCCUAAUACUACUUGAUGCUUCCAUCGGAAUACUUAAAACCUUCAUUCAAGUGGUUGCUUGAAGGAAUUUAAUGAUUAUCCACAUGUACUGGUACGAUCUGUAGGAUAUGAUUGCCGAAGAAUUGUAUCGAUGACUGUAUUUUUGUGCGAUGAUACAUGAGACAUGAGCGAACUAUUGAACUUAAGCUGCAUCAUGAGGACAAAUAUGUCGAGCACUGUCUUGGUUAUGUGCUCAAAGUUGUCCAUAUGUUCUGGCACUAUAUGAAAAAAACACUCCUUUCGAAUGCUGUCAGCUACCAUUUUUUAUUCUUUUCCUUCUCCUUUGAUACAAGGUAACAGAAGUUUUUUCCCCUAUCUACACGAAGAGAAGAGUAAUGUGGAAAUUAAUACGUUAGGACUUAAAUUUGUUAAUCUGAAGCAGGAAUCUAACAAUUGGUCAUUGUGGGAGCAUCCUCAUAGUAAGAAAUUUAUAAGCACAUGAUUGUAUCAUCCGCUAUCUUUUUGUCUGAGGGUGACAACAAAAGAUAAAUACAGGGAAUAUGUUGCUGGUGGCUAUGGCUUACGUGUUAAUAGGAAGAUAAUGAGGGCUAGAUCACGAACAAAGUUAUUCUCCAUUGUUUAUCGUUGUUUUUGUUUUUUUGCAGUUGGGGCAUUAAAAGUCAUUCGUAGCAGGUUAACCGACCCUAAGAAGAAUCUCGACUCCUGGAAUGAGGGGGACCCAUGCGUAAAAAAAUGGAAAGGGGUUCUGUGCCCGAAUACUACGUCUAGUGAUGGAUAUCUACAUGUCCGUGAAUUGUAGGUAUCUCAUUACUCCGUCUUUUUCUUAUCCUGUUUUGAUGUCAAGUAAAAUCUCUGUAUUAUCAUUGACGCUUUUUAUUUAAUACUUGUUUAGUCUACUAUUUCAUUGUCCAUGUAACAAUAAUUAUAAGGUCUCGGUGUUUCUUUGCUACCUUGAAGAAAUGUUGCCAUUUAUGUGCUCUUUCUCAAGUCUACCUUUUAGUUACCUUUUUUUACAGAUAAUUUACAUUUUGGUAGUCUGAUAAUACUGCAGAGUAGGCUCUGAUUUCCCAGUUGGGGUCAACACGCAUGAGGCUAAGGCUGAUCAUAAAUGCUUAAUUUUUAUGGGAAAUAUCUGGGAAAAUUCAUUUACAUAUGAUAAGCUGUGAUGUAAAUUGAAAAUGUGUGAACAUGUGUGUCGUGGGUAUCCAUCAUCACUUUGUGGAUGCAGUCUAUCUACAACAGUUCAAUGUGAUAGUUUUGUUAUAAACGUUUACCUCUUAUUAUCAAGAACAGAUUUGAUACGUGAAAGAGAGGGCGAAUCCUCGAUUCUGAAGUUUUUAACUUAGUCAGAUCCCAUGUGCACACACUUUUGGUGAUUGCUUAGAGGGUUUUGCACAUUCUUUUUCUUUUUUUGGUUUAUGCCUCUGAAAUAAUCUUGAAUGUUGCAUAAUUUUUUAUGUUUUUUCUGGUUAAAUUCACUAGUAGUGUUUCUUUAUUCAUGAUUCUGAAAAUGCCUUUCAGAGGCUAUUUGAAUAUUCCAUGAUUGUUCUUACACUCCCAUAUUGCUUUGGCAGUGAUGUUUGUAGUGGUGGGUGCUGUCAGAAAAUCUAGCUUUCAGUGGAGAAUUCUUUAAAUUUCAUGGGCGUUUGAUUACAAUAAAUUUACUUACUUUUUCGAUGUAGGCAACUGCUGAACAUGAACCUGUCAGGAAGUCUAGCUCCUGAAUUGGGAAAGCUAUCACAGUUACAAAUCUUGUAAGUUAAUUACUUUUAGUUAUUGGACAAGAUGAUGUAGAAUUUUCACCCUCCCCCAGGUGACCCUUUUUGGUUGGGUGAAUGUAGGAUUGUAGCACCUCAUUUUACACUGUUGUCUUUAUGGUUUUCCCAUCUUGAGUGGAAAUUGAAUUGAUCAUUGACUUUUUUCCCGUCUCUCUUUUCUCUCUUAAGGGACUUCAUGUGGAAUCAGAUAGGUGGCAGUAUACCGAAGGAGAUUGGCGAUAUUAAAACUUUGAGGCUCCUGUACGUUGUUUUCAUAAUGUUUUGAUUAAUAGAAAAUAACUCUCGUCUUACUAUGAUUGUGACAGUCUCCUCUCUGAUUGAAGUAAUUUAUAGAAAUAUUGAACUUCGAUUUGCUUGUCAACAUGUUCCUCUACUGUUUGUCGAUUAGAAUCCCAUUACGGGGAGCAAGAUCUUGUUAGUUGAAAGCUUGUAUUCUUCCUCCAGAGCAUAUUUUAAUAUUUUUGCUUGUUUUACUUGUUUUUUCUAUCAGUGACUUACUUGUAGAGUCACUGGCUAUCUCGAAACAUUUCUGGACAACAUUUUCUCACAUUCAAAGUUUCCUGAAUGAGGGUUAUGACUGAUCUAAGAUAGAGUUUACUCGGAAACAUCUAAUCAUGUUCCCGCAGUUGAAAGUGAACCACAUUAGUUGGUCUAAUAGCGCCGGUCAUGCAUAUCCAUUUGGUGGAUUGCUAAAAAUCGAGUCCAAAUGGGAUACAAAAUAACAAUGGGAAGUGCGUGGAGUGGUAUCUGAUGACUUGCUUAAAAAGGACUUUUUUCUGCUGUUGUCAUAGAGAGCCAAAUGUGAACCUGAUGGAAAUAGUCAUUUAUAUUCUCAACUUAGCAGAUUGCAAAAACUUAUAAGCAUAGAGCUUUAUCUGGAUGAAAACUGUCAGUUCCUCUUGUACUUUCUUGAAUCAAGGUAUAAAAUUAGUGAAUCUUAAAACAUGAUCCAACAUGAGAACAGUGUCACAAUAUCGCAUUUCCUCUGUGUUAGCGUAUGAACUAGGGACUCUUGUUAUUAUUUCUUGUCACCUAAAACUUUGUGUCGACCAUUUUGAUGAAGAUUUUAUCUGCACUACCAAAAUGGAAUGGCCUUUCUAGUGCUAUACAUUGAAAGAAAGAACCGCGGUACAAGUACUUGCUCUUGCGACUCCUGAAAUAAAUAAAUAAAUAAAUAAAUAAAUAAAUAAAUAAUAAAAAACAAACGUUGCUCUGUAGCAUGGUACUUAUCUUGCCUAUCCAUUGGUUUAGUAAAGGCAACUUCAGAGAUAUUAAGAAAAAGUGUCGACUUCUGGAAUGACACAUCUAUGGCAAAUGCUGAUCUCAUAGCUCAAUAUGUCUCAUUCAGGGUUAGAACAAUGCUAUUGGAGAUGCCAUUUAACGUUAUAGGCCUACUUUGGAGGGAUUUCAUAGAUGUUUAUUCCCAACACAUUCAUUGAUUGACUACUAAUUUGUGUGUGCACGGUAAUCAGAUGACAUAGAAAUGACAAUUUUUUAUUCUUAUGCCCUCCAGUGAUAUUUAUUCUAGUCCAAUUUUACCUUUGGAUAUGAUAUUUAGAUGUGGGCAUAAAUAACGAACAAAUGUGUACAUAAAAUGAUUUUAUUUAAAAAAUAGAUUUAAUCAAUAAUGGGAAAUAUACAUGUCUAUUUUGGUGGGUUAUCACUGCAAGCUCCGUAAGGGAGGAAUAAUAACUCAUUCGAACCUCACAAUCCUUAAGAUCUGCUUUUUUGUUUUGUUUUGAAAAGAUGUCAAUAUCUGUAACAUUUUUCCUAUUUGUAUUUAUUUGGUUGCUCCGAAGAGGCACUAUUUUUUUUUUGGCAUUUGAUUCUAAUGGUUACUUUUAUUUUCAUGUAUCUGCAGUCUUCUCAAUGGCAACCAAUUAUCAGGUUCUCUGCCUGAAGAACUGGGUUAUCUUCCUAACCUAACCAGAAUACAAAUAGAUGAGAAUCAGAUAUCCGGACCCUUGCCAAUGUCAUUCGCAAAUUUGAACAAAACAAAGCACUUGUCAGUGAUUUUGUCUCAUUUGUUUUAUGUUGAAUAGAGAAAAUCUUCAUGCGUUCUUUCACUGACAUUCUUUUCUUUACAGCCAUAUGAACAAUAAUUCAAUUAGUGGACAAAUUCCACCGGAGCUUUCCAGAUUGCCAAGUCUCCUCCAUUUGUGAGCAUCUAUUUUUUGAUUUAUUUGUUUUGUCUUUUUUCAGUUUUUGUGAAAGGCUGUAUCUGGCUGGAAAAUCCCUUUCUUGUUAUUGACAAAAGCUUGAUUUUGCAGCCUGUUAGACAAUAACAACUUGUCCGGCUAUCUUCCUCCAGGGUUUUCCCAAUUGCCCAAUUUGCUCAUUAUGUAUGUUAUCUUCUGUGUCUUUUCCAUAUGAGAUUGAUUAAUCGAACUUUUUAUUGUGUGAUUUAUUUAUAUUACAUUGUUAUAGAGCAUUUUUUAGUCAUUCAGAUGAGAAUAUGCACGAUCGGAUUCCAUGUCCAAUUUGAGCAUGUUUGAUUGAUUGCCAGAUGUCUGGAUAUGUGGGAAACUGAACCGAGUUCGAAAAAACAAUUUUUUUUCUAAUGAAGUGCACACAAUUUAUUUUAUUAUGGAUAUCAUUAAAAUAGUCCCAUAUAGGUUUCUGUAAAUUAUGACUAUAAUGUGAGUUGGACUUCUUCGCCCAAAACUUUAACUUGGUAUUAGAACCGCAGCUUCAGAUUACCCAUAGAGAGGUGAUGAUAUAAUAAUUUUAUCUGCAUAUUUUACUGUCGUAUCAAAGCUGAUGGUAGCGUGUUAAAUUGUAUGCCCUUCAUUAAUGUUGUCCAUGUUACUCAUAGCUUAAAAUAUUGGAUUGCAUGUGAUGUGUGUUAGAAUAAUUUCUUAUCGGUUGCUAUAAAAGUAGACCUGUUGUUAUAGAUGUGUACAUAUUCUCCUCCUCGUCAAUCAGUUUUCACUUGGACGAGCAAUAACAAUAAUAUUGAUGAACACCUAUACCCUAAUAUAAAAAAGAUUCAAAAGGAAGAUCCUUUAAAACGCCACGACUUCUUCAUUUUUGUCUCUUUUGUAGUGAUGAUAUGUGCGAUGGCAAUGGACUGACUACCUAUGGCAGUGAUGGUCUUUGGGAUCAAAAUUUGUUGGUGGUGGAGAGUAGCAAUACUUAUUUUUAAUCGUUUAGUUUCUUCUUCUUUCAACUAGAGUAGGUUUUGACGGAAGUUGACUAUGAUGGUGGCUGUAAUGGCGAUGAAAUUGACACAAGGAUGUUCUCGAAUUCUGAUAUCCUAUUUUGAGGGGGAUUAGAAUUUCCUCCAAAAUCAGAUGAGGGAAGAUGAUAUUUUUCUUUACUGUCUUAUAUGCAGAUUAGAAAAUUUUAUGUCACUAAAUCCAAAUCGAGCUUCCAAUCUACCAUUAAAAGAAGCCAGUUUAGUUGUCAGUCAGAGAAUCUGUCAGACCUUCCCUUUUUUUGGAACAUGCUGGUGACUGUCUGGGCACCUCUUUGUUUCUUAGUAGGUUAGAUUUCAUUGGAAUUCAUUAAUUUUUAAAGGGAAGAAAGUUUCUGUAGAUGUAAUCUAAGAAUCCCUUAGGGCAAAAGUUUGUCAUUUACACUGAGAUGAAAGAACACCUACGGGUGACAGUAUUUUGGCACCAUGUACCCAUGUAAAUUUAUUUUUCAAUAUUUUCGAUGCUUCGUUAACCCAUGUAUUCUUAAAGUUUUUCUUCAUUUCUCCACUACACUAGCUUGAAUCUGAGCUUUUGGUUUUUAUGUUAUAAUCAAAUCCCAUGAGUUGCAUAGUUGGUUUGUCGUUGUCACUGCAAAAAGCAUCAAUAAGGGCAUGCUUGUUCCCUCCAACUUCAGUUUCAACAUUUUUCAAUUUAUUGUCAGUAUUGAAAAUCAUCAAUCUACCAGAUUCACUUUUGUGACUGCAGUGAAAAGGUAUUUUGAAAAUGAGAGUGACCAUUUAAAUAUCUUGUAUGCGCCCAUUUGUUUUGUUAUACAUUUACAUGCUGCUGGUUGUGUGAUGAUGGACAUUUUAUCCUCAGGGAAUGACUGUUAGGCGAUAGUAACUUAUUUCAAUUGAAUCCAAAAUAUUCUGUGAUUGUGACGAUUAGUAGUUUACAGAAUUUGAAGAAUACAUUAUGUUUGCAGGCAAGUUGAUAAUAACAACUUUAGUGGCACCACAAUUCCGGCUACUUAUGGAAGCAUGAAAAAACUACUGAAGCUGUAAGUUUUUGUCUGUCUAUGACUAGAUUUUUACCUGUAAUAUGAAUUCCCACUUGACUACAAAUGAUUUAAUCGGAGUUUGUUUCUGAGACAUGUUGUAUUUCUGUAUUUUAAAUAGAGUACGGUGAUUUCUAUAAACUAGGAUUUUCAUUUAUUUAUUUAAUUUUUUGGAAAUCAGGGUUAACGUGUAAUAAUUAAAUAAAAAAGAAACUAAUGUGUUCCAAGGCACCAAGGUUUUUAAUUGGCAUUGCAAAAUUCAGUUCUUCGAAAAAUUCUUGAAAAUCGAAUGAUUUUGUUAAUAUACCUAAAAGAAAGAACUCCUCCGGGAAUUUCGCACUUGGGUUAUGAGUUGUCUUCCCUCAUGCGAUUUUACUUCAGAAUUGUUGAAUUUCCUUCACUUCCUCUAGAUCCUCGAGAAAAAAAACCUUCUCGUGUAGAGAGAGGGACAGUAACUUCUAUUCAAGAUGUGAACUUUACACACUCAGAGGAAAACAAACACUUAGACUGGUUUUAACAGUCAUGUGACACACUAAGGCAGAGUAGUUUAACAGAAACUGUACUCCUUGUGUAAAGCAAAAAAUAAAGAAUAUAACUCUGUAGCUUUGCUGCGACUACCUAAAAAAUUGGCUUGAAUAAAAAGCCAGGCGUAGACUGGUGUGGUCGUGAGGACGAGGGUGAAGCAUUAUGCCUUACGAACACCUGGGAGGAUGGUGUGCUAGGCCACAAUAAAGUCCGUCUGAUGUUUUAUACCGUGGUCAACCGUUAACUACUCUGCUUAAUGACGAUUAAAGAAGGGACUAAUAAGGAAAAAAACAAUGCAAAAAUGAUCAUUAGUGGAGUUGAUCACUGCUAGUAAGACGAUCAAAUUUUUAAUAUCGUACUUGUCUUAUUAGUGAAGUUGACCACUACUUUUAGGACGAUGAUAUUUUUGAUAGUAAUGAGAACAGUGAUGUUUGUGACAUGGUUUCCACUCAUUCAUGAGAUUCUAUCUCCGAAGGGGUACAGUAUUAGGACAGAGAUCAUCAAAAAACUUUAGUCCUCCCAAAAUAUCUUAAAGAAGAGGAUGCAGCUUUACCUCCUCCAGGAUUAAGUCUUACCAUUCCAAUUUGUGUGAUUCAUGUGACUCACACUGAUGAAAUAAUACUUGACCCUGCUACUGGGGUUCAAGUGGGACUUUGGGUCCAGAUCUACCAUCCUGGGCUACUCUAAUGGUUUUCCCAUUUUCAGAGCAAUUUUUAUCGUUUUUCUUCGGUUAUUUAUUCUUGUAUCUUAUUAGUAUAUGAGAUUGUCAGUGCUCUCACUUAGUUAACAUUGAAAAACGUUUUUACACGAUCUGUAGACAAGCUAUUGAUUCUAUUUUUCCCCCUGUUUUUUUAUUAAUUCCUUAAUUACCAUGAAGGUUUUUUCUUGUGUGAUAUGGAUUUAUGUUCAGAACUAUGUACUCUUACGAUAAAUUAGUAGCAGUUUGGUAAAUGAAAAAUGCUGCUUCUAGGCUUAUGUGAUUUGGGCAGUUUUCAUGACACAUGGCAAAUAGUCACAAAAAUUGCGAAGUUUCAGUUUUGUACUUUCUUGCCUUUCUUCCUUGGCACACUUGGAAUCCCUAUCGUCCACUAACGAUUGAUUAAAGUUAAUACAUGUUCUUACUCUGCCACAAACAUUUCUUAAUAUAAAAUUGAUUCCAGUUAUUUUUUCGUCUAACCAUCAUUUUCAUGUCAUCAGGAGUCUUAGGAACUGCGGUCUGCUAGGAACUAUUCCAGAUUUUAGCGGAAUACCUGAACUUGGUUAUUUGUAAGUCUUACUAAUGCCAAGGAUUUAUUUACAAUGCUAAAGCAAUGGUUCUUUCAGGUUUCAAGUAGUUAUUUCUGAUGCACCUCACGAUGAAUGAUUAUGAUAGUAUCUUGUAGGUCUUAUUUCUGACGUGAUAUUAGGCUAUAUACAUUGCAUGAUUUCCUACUGUCCUUAUUUCAGAGAUCUCAGUGGAAACCAGCUGGAUGGGCCCAUACCGACAAAAAAGCUUUCUCUUAAUAUCACCACAAUGUAUGUCACACUCUACCCGCAGAUCAUUCUUUGCCAUUGAAUUCUCAGUGGAAAGCAUUAGCUGCCAUGUGCCAACUUGUCGUUAGGAAGCAGUGGAACACGCUGUGAUUUUCCGCGUAAUUUUCAAUUCUUGUCUGAAUUUUUUUUCACACUAUUGGGCCUCAAUCAGCUAAUCAGCGUGUUCCAAGCUGGUUGAUUCUGAUCUGAUUGGAUCAGACGUGGCCAAUCAGUUUAUCUGAUCGGUUCUGAAUACAGUGCAACAGGUGCCAUCUGAGAUGAGGCCUCAGUCUUUGUAUCAAUUCCAUCAUCGGGAUAACUAACUUAUGCUUCAAAAUUCUUAGUUUUUAGCUACUCUUUUUAUUUUAUUUUAAAUAUGGAACACUAAUUGUUGAUUUUUGAACUUAUGCAGCGACUUUUCAAAUAACAAGCUUAAUGGAUCGAUUCCAGAGACUUUUUCAGGCCUACCUUUUCUCCAGAAAUUGUGAGUAGGCCUAUUUUAAAAUUUAUGAUCUUUUUCUAUGCAGCAGACGGAGAUGUGCUUACUUUAAUGGGCAAAAGUUGCCAAAAUUUCUUCUAUGCUGUAUUACUCAACAGUCAUCAUACAUUUCACUAGUGUUCCCUCUUGGAUAUUUUAGCUGGGGAUAUUGAAUGAAUUUGACUCUGUCAUAACAUACUUUUCGUUGCAGGUCUCUUGCCAACAAUUCACUCACUGGUUCAGUACCAUCUGCUAUCUGGGAAAAUGCAACUUUAACUAGAAAUCAAAGUCUAAUCUUGUAAGAUUUCGUAUUGUAUGAUUUUCCCCACAAGACUAGUGUAUUUAUAUGGGUGAUGAACUUCUUUAUUGAUUUAUUUUUUUUCAGAGAUUUUGGAGGUAAUUCUCUGACAAACAUUUCACGUGUUGUGAGUCCUCCUGCCAAUGUUACCAUCGUGUAAGCUUCCUUGCAACCGAGACUAGCAUGGCAUCUUUGGUUUUCUCAUUUUAUAAUAACAGUUCAAGGGAAAGGAGAUUAGCAGUCUGAGAUAGAUUGGUUUUGAUGACACCUUUAAGCUUCCUAAAUUUCCUUUAUCCAUAUCUUGAAUGAAUCGCUGUUUUCUGUUCAUAAGAAAUUAUCCACCUGAUGAUGCGUGGAAGGAAGUAGAAUGAAAGAAAUGAUCAAACGAGAAUACAAAACCAUUUCUUUACUAACCUUGGUUAAGGGUGGGUUUUCUCCUCUCAAUAUUGCUUGAUCUUGAUGGGUUUUGAAUUCUUGGUUCAUUUUCUGUGGCUGCAGCUGAGUUUUUUUUUUUUUUCUUCUCUUAGCUCUACUGAUUUCCUUCGUCUCCAUGUGCUUUUCCUCUCCUAGCCUUCUUAUGCUUCUUCCCGCCUCGUUUUCCUGCUGCGACUCACAUUCUCCUUUUCUCUAGUCCGUUUGAUUCUAUUUACCCAUCUUCCCUUUUAUUUUUGAUCUCCAUAUUGGUUUCAUCCUGGGAAACCUUGAGAGAAGAUGCACGAAUCGCAGAGUGUAAAUCACAGUGAGUCUGGGUUCUAAGUUGCCUUCUCUUCCCUUGGCAUCUUAUCAAACAUUUGCCAUAGAAAAAAUUACUUUGGCCAUGUUAGGUGUUUAAAUAAUCAGUUGGUACUACGCAAUUGCAUCUGUCAAUACGAAUGUCGAAAACUAUACUGUAACGCAAGAUCUAACAGGAUAUACAGUAUUGAAAAAAAAUAAAAAUCUUUGCUUCUUAUUCACGUCAAAGAUGACUGCUAGUUAUAUAAAAGUACAAUGGCUACGAAAUAAGGAAAAUACGUAACAGAGCAGGAAACUUACCAAAUAGGAAACUGACGAAGAGCUGAACUCCUAAACAUACGUUCUUUCCUACUAUGAAUAAUGAAAAGUUGCUAGGGGCUUGUAAUCAUCAUAUAAUAAAUAGGGGAUGCGCAGAAGUGUGUGACCCAUAAGCUUUCAGAAACACCCUAUAUAUUGAAAGUCAUUUUCUUGUUCAAGUGGGCUGAAGGGAACGAUGGGGCUGACCCCACCCUCCCAGCAACCCAAUUCAAAGUUCUUCCUUUUGGUCUCUUAGAAACUUUUGGGUUAUCUGCCGUAGUGAUGCGGUAAUUCCAUUUGAGAUGCCUUGAAAACAUUAUCAUGCUUCCUUCUGCUUAUUUCAUACUGUUCUUAUGCUGCAUGCAUUAAUGGCGGAUGGUGUUGAUCAUUAUGGAGAAAGCAUAUGGGAAAAUCGUUUCAAUUCUAGGUGCAAUAAAGGUGGAAAUAUUACUAAAAUAUCGUCCCUUAUCAAACCAGACAAGCGUCUUUGAUAUCUCUUUACAUUAGAUUUAUUCUAUUUUUUUUUGUUUUUCAGAAUGACUGUAUAUUUGAUUUUCUGAGUCAUGUUGUUGGUUCUAGAUAUUCUCUAUCACAAAAUUAAUGAUCCAGUGCUCGUCAUUUUUGUUGAAUUACCGUUUGGCUCUUGAUUUGAAUCGUUUCGGGGUGAUUUCAGGCUGCAAGGGAAUCCUUUAUGUUUGAACCCAAACCAACAGAACAUCACCCAAUUUUGUGGGGCUUCAGCUGGAGAACAGCCCUCUGGAACAUCAGUAAAUGCAACAACCAUAUGCGGUUGCCCUGUGCAAGAUGGCUAUGAAAUUAAUACAAAAGAUCCUCGCCAAUGUUAUUGUGCUGCUCCAAUCAGAGUUGGAUAUCGUUUGAAAAGUCCUGGCAUAUGGGACUUUGUUCCAUACAGGGAAGCUUUCGAGAAAUACAUGACAGCAGGUCUGACAUUUGAAAUCCACCAGCUUACCAUUGAAUCAUUUGUAUGGGAAGAAGGCCCCAGGCUGGGAAUGUACUUAAAGUUUUUCCCUGGUAAUGGUAGUAUGUUCAAUUCAAGUGAAAUAUUGCAUCUCAGAAGUGCGUUCGCUGAAUGGCUUAUUCCAGAUAGUGAUAUUUUUGGACCUUAUGAAUUCUUAAACUUCACUCUUCGGGAACCCUAUGAUGAUGGUAUGUAUGGACGACUGCCCUAUUCUUUGUUGUUAUGCCUAGUAUAAUUGUUACCUUCUCCGGAUUGACUCUUCAUCUUUGUCAACGAGGCCAAUUUUUUUGUCUUUUGUACACAAUAUCCUGAAGUACAGACAAAUGGAAAAUGUAAUGCCUGAAUAAAAAUGGGACCUUGUUGUUUUGGAAAAUCAUAAUGUCUGCUUAAAAUUUCUGUGUCUAUGCGACCUUAGGUUAUAGAAAAUGAGCUAGCUAAGUGCUUUGUCUAUGCUAGAGUGAUUAAUUGAAUAGUUGUUUCCAUUUUUUAUGUUGAUAUAUGAGCCUAUUUAUUUCCUUAACCAAAAGAUUGUAAGAGUGAGGUUCUUAAGCAUUUUGACUGCACUGAGAAGAGUGACUGAACAAUUUUGAUUUGACUAAACGCGUUUAUUUUUCAGUUUGAACACCACUAUAGGUUUAUAUUAAGCCAUUCGGCUCAAAAUUAGUUAGCAACUAGCAGAAUAACCUAUCUUUACAGCUACAUGUUUACUUUUGUAUGCUAGUUGACUUGUACGCCAACUUUUGAGUCUGGUGAUGUAGACUAUGUGAGAGAGGCUGGCUCAGCUUAGAAAAAGUCCUCACUUUUGAUAAAAUGUAAAGGUUAGCGGGCCAUCCGAUUGAAACACUAAUUGAAAAUGCAUUCAUCCAAAUGGAAUUAUCUUAGCAGUGAUAAUUUCAAGAAACUGAUGUCUGAUUUCUAAGUUCACUAAUGUCUAUUGGUUCAUCAUUUCUUGCAGGGAUCUUCACAACAUCAAAAUCUGGAACGAGCAAGGGUGCAUUAGCAGGGAUCAUUAUAGGGACCUUUGCUGGAGCUUUUAUCUUGUGCGCUAUAGUUUCUAUCAUUAUUGUGAGAAGGCGCUACACAGGUCUGAAUGCCGCUUCAAGAAAACGUCAAAGUAAGUCAACUGCAGUGUCAAAAAUUUUAUGCCAUGGAUCAUUGUCGAAUGUCAGAUACCUAUCUGCACUUUCGUCCCAUGAAAAAUCCUACUCAGUCGGUGAUUCAGUGAAUGUCAAUGAUCAUUCCAAUCAUUGACACUUCAUCCCCACCCUUUCAAACAGUCCCUGCUAGUGGUCCAUAUCUGAUCACGUAGUCCGUGAUCUGGUCAUUUUUCCAAGAUUUUGGUCGCUCAUUUGCAUUAAUAUUAAAGGAUGAUAAAGGGGGUCUCUGCUAAAUGGAAUUUUUUCUGCGAAGAAUCAUAAGCUGAGUUUUCUAUAAGCUUUCUGAACACAAACAUACCAUGUCUUCCAAUCUUGCUGUCUACCAGCUUCAGACAGAGCCCCGCAAUAAUACAUCAAGCUUUUUUACCUUGUCAGUGUGGUUAUGGUCUUGAAAGUAGCCAAAACCCAACAGUUUUUAUAAUCAUCUAAGGACAACUUUUUCACAUGUGUUAUUCCCUUGUUUCUUUUACUGUUGUAGAACAAGGGAGAAAGAAAACCUUCCCAUUUCACAUUAUUUCAGUUCCUUCUCACCUUGUCAGUGUUCAAUUAUAUCAGUGGAAGCUCAUGUCAGCUAGCUGAGGAAUUUUGAACCGUCAGAUUUCCAAGUAAAUUUUACAAGCAUGUGUAGAUAUUGAUGCAUUCAUAUGAACUGCGAAAUAAAGUUGGCUACAUUUUCCCAGGACAGUUAUGGUAUUAUUUUUUCAUUCUAUGGUUCUGUUCAUUUUUUUUGCAUUUCACGAAAGAGUUCUCCUGCAUGUAGAGGAUCAAAAAAAUAUGGUAGUAAAAUGUUGCCAGAAGAAAUUUUUGCAUUUGAGAAUUUUUUUGAUUACAUUAUGAAUCUAUCGAUUCGAUGUUAUUACAAAUCUAAUGAAUGAACUGCUUGCUUCUGCAGCUUCCAGAAUCAGAAUGAAAAUUGAUGGAGUGAAAUCUUUUACAUUUAGUGAAAUGGCACUGGCUACAAAUACUUUCAGCGACUCCUCUCAAGUUGGGGUAGGUGGAUAUGGCAAGGUCUAUAAAGGCAUUCUAGCAAACGGGUCAGUAGUAGCCAUAAAACGGGCAGAGGAAGGAUCUUUGCAAGGCUCGAAAGAGUUCUUCACCGAAAUAGAGAUGUUGUCGAGGUUGCAUCACCGUAACUUGGUCUCCUUGGUUGGAUACUGCGAUGAACAAGAUGAACAGGUGCCAUUCUUUUCUUAUUAGCAAAGUUUGCGAUUUCCAUGCUGUACCUAUUAUUUAUUCACUAGUAAGGUGAACUCACAACAUGUUGUGGUCGGCAAGCAUGCCAUGUUGCAUGAAACUCAGGCACGUCGGUGUUUGUGUAAAAACAUUAGAUACGAAAUCUUGGUCAAAGAGUUGGUUUACCAGUUUUACAAGAGCUUGUCUUGAACAGAGAUGAAACCAAAAAGAGACAGAUUGUCAAGGGCCUAUGUGAUAAACUUCACUGAAUCACUAAAAGUGCAGCUUUUUCCCAGAUUAUCAUUGGUAAUGGUAUGCCACUAGUUCUUUACAGCUUGAGAACAAAGGAUGCCAGAAAAUCUUGUGGUUACCAAGGUACCUUUGUGUAAAUAACCACAGAUUUUUAGUCGAUAUCAUUUCAUGAUUCAAAAGCUAGAUAAUCGUUGUCCAAGAAAUGCACAACCCUCUGAAACCAUUUUAGACGUUUGGCCCACAAAAUGGUGCUUUUCACCGGUAAUUGUGCUUGAAAAUUUACACCAUUUGGGCCGAAUCCUUAUGGUCGAUGGACUUCUCAGUAUAUCAUUUCAUUACACACGAUGAAUAUGACUGUUCAUUCUAUUUCCUCGCCAUAUGAAUAGUUGAAAUUUUUGUCUGUGGACUAUUAUUCUCACAAAUUUUUGUACCUACAUCAUCACAUCGUAUUGUUGUUUGCUUGGAAUCCUGUUGGAUCCAUUUUUACUGUAUGUUAUUCAUGAUGCUGUGUCGUUGUGUCACAUCUUGUUCAGUUUUUGUCAGAGCAUAGGAUCAUUAUAUUAACCCUCAAAGAAAAAAGGCCUUUUAGUCUGCUUUGUGCAUGUAUUCAUAUGCUCAUUAUGGCUGAUAGACUACAUUUGCUUGCAGAUGUUGGUGUACGAGUUUAUGCCUAAUGGCACACUGCGUGAUCAUCUUUCAGGUGAGGCAUUUGAGACUCUUUGACGAAAUGUGUGAGUGGAGCUUUUGCCAUAAGACAUAAAUCACAGGGGAAUCAGCAUCUCCAUCUACUCAUGUAGACCACAUGACCAUCCCUAGAAUUGCAUGAAUCAUCCAUGGGCACAGUUCAUCUAUCUUUUAUCAUUUAAUGGAAUUUUGUUCUAUUUUGUGUGAUCCGAAUUCUUCAGCCUGUAGAAAGCAUCUUGAAGGCCUUUGCUACCUCUCACUCCUGGUAAUAAGCCAUAUUGUUGACAUACUGUAGGUUUUCAUUUUCUGCCACAUACUUUCAAAUCGUGACGUUAGUUGGCUAUAAUCAAAAUAAAAAUUUAAAAAUGUAGACUUGACUAGAACGGGGAACAACUGGUCCACUGAGUGUCACACUACACGUUUCUGCCAAAUGCAUGCUUUGUAACAUCCUCGUUUUGUAUUUGGUUUGGGGAAGCUCUUGUAUUAACACUCAACAUGUGGACAGGCAAAGGAAAAGAUGCUCCGAGCUUCUCCAUGAGAUUGCGCAUUGCUUUGGGUUCUGCAAGAGGGAUUUUAUACCUCCACACUGAGGCAGAUCCUCCUAUAUUUCAUCGAGAUAUUAAAGCCACCAAUAUCUUGUUAGACUCGAAGUUUGUAGCCAAAGUUGCUGAUUUUGGACUUUCACGACUUGCCCCAGUACCAGAAAAUAGCGGAGUUGUUCCUGGCCACGUAUCAACGGUUGUGAAAGGCACACCGGUAAGUUGUUGCUUCACUGAUAUCAUGCGGGCACGUGACACAGGCUUUCAUAUUGUGAAAUCAUUUUGACAUUUCAAUGCACAACCAAAAAAGCUAUUUGAGCUAAGAAGUUGCAUGCCAACAAUGCUUGGUUCAACCAAAGAGAAAAUCGGGGCGGACGAAAUCGAAGACCUUCGUCCGACACUGAUUUCUGGCCCUAAGCUUGAGAUAAUGAUGAUGCUUUAAUGACAUUUCCAUCUAGGUACUGAAGUGGGAGGUUCGCAUACUAGCUUCUUUAGUUACCUCGAAUAAUAGCUUAGAUUUCUGACCUUGGGUUUCGUAUCUUUCAUGUCAUGGGUAUGCAAAGCUGCCAUCUCCCCAGUAAAAUAACCUACUUGGGUCACCCUGCCACAGGCACAUAGAGCACUCGAAGCCUAGUGAGUUGGAUGGAAAAUUUAGUUUGGAUAAAUAACCCAUAACUUGAUUAAUCCGCUUUUGACUGAACUCCACAGUCAUCACAAUCCAGCUAGAGCCACCGCUGUGCUUAUUGCAGGCUUUCAAUAACAUUUUAUUACCUAUCCUUUGUCUUCUAAUGGUAGACGGCCUCGCAUGAUGACAGGAGGUCAUUGGGCAUUGAUACCAGAGUUGGAUUUGAUUUUUGAACCGAUAGUCCUGGGCAAGAUGUUGCGUAGAAUCCUUGUGGCCCAAAUUUUGCACAACAUUUUCAAGGGCUAUUUCAGUAUCAUUUUCCAACACAACAUUGUAUAAUUAUGCUAUAUAUCUUUCUCAGGGUUACCUCGAUCCAGAAUACUUCCUGACCCACAAGUUGACGGAUAAAAGUGACGUAUACAGUCUUGGGGUAGUGUUCUUGGAACUUCUGACUGGGAUGCAUCCAAUUUCACAUGGCAAAAAUAUAGUUCGAGAGGUAAGAUCUGAAGCAUAAAGCUUGGCAAUAUCCUAUCAUAUGGAUCAGGGUUUUUCUAGACGCCAUGUUUUCUAAUUUUUAAGGGCGUUUUCAUCGUUCGCAUUGAGAUUUACUCAUGGGUGGCCGACGUUUCAUAGGUUAAUGUAGCAAAUCAAUCUGGUAUGAUGUUCUCGGUCAUAGACAAGCGUAUGGGCCCCUAUCCUCCUGAAUGUGUGGAGAAGUUCAUGGCUCUGGCCCUCAGAUGCUGUGAGGAUGAAACAGACUCGAGGCCUUCAAUGGCUGAGGUGGUCAGAGAGCUUGACAACAUAUGGGCCAUCACUCCCGCAGACGAUGUUGUGCCAACUGCAGCGGCGAAAAGAACUCCUCGUCAAACGACUUCUGCAUCAUCUUCCUUGGUGCACAGCACGCUGUACACUUCAACAGAUGUAUCCGGUAGCGAUCUUCUCAGUGGAGUCGUCCCCAACAUUGCACCUCGCUGA